AUGGCGUAUAUUCGUCAGUAUCAGGACUCGGACAAAGAUGCGGUGGUGCAUAUUUUUCGUGAGACCGCAUCUGCUGAAUUGAUCAAAGCAGGUGACCCCGUUCUUCACUACGCUUCCUACCUCUGGUGCCGUCCUUAUUUGAUGUUGGAACCUGCUACAUGUUACGUCGUAGACGAUGGUCGAGGACGGGGUCGGGCAGUGGGCUACAUUUUGGGAGUUCCAGACACCCACGCGUUCGUGGAAAAGUACAGAGCCACAUACAUCCCAUACCUCAGAACGCAAGGCUUGGAGAACCCUGGUACUGAUGAAUCGACUGAGUGGAAGGACAAUCUCCCUAACGCGCUAAGACGCAUCAUGUUCAAUCCGGACGGAAUGUUGCAUAAAGAAUAUCCCCAGCUGAUGGAAUUCUGGCCAGCCCAUUUGCACAUCGAUGUACUGCCAAAAUACCAGAAACAGGGUUAUGGUCGUUUACUGAUCGAGGCAUUUUGCAGAACGGCCCAAGAACAAGGUGUAAAAGGGUUGCACCUGUUAAUGGCAGUAUCAAAUGAGGAAGCCGGCAAAUUUUAUAGCCGCAUCGGUUUCUCUAGGUUCCCCUAUGUGGUCGACAACGGAGCCAGCGGUGAGGACGGGAGAGACUCAAAUACUAUAUGGCUGGUGAAGACUUUGUGA